UCUGAGAGGGAAGGGGUUAUAUGAGGGAGUCUGGGAGGGAAGGGUUAUAUGUGAAGGACUCUGCGAGGGAAGGGGUUAUAUAUGAGGGAGUCUGGGAGGGAAGGGGUUAUAUAUGAGGGAGUCUGGGAGGGAAGGGUUAUAUAUGAGGGAGUCUGGGAGGGAAGGGGUUAUAUAUGAGGGAGUCUGCGAGGGAAGGGGUUAUAUAUGAGGGAGUCUGGGAGGGAAGGGGUUAUAUAUGAGGGAGUCUGGGAGGGAAGGGGUUCCUGUUGCCCUCAGAGUUUCCGUCCCACACGGACUCUCACUCCUUCCACUGAUUGCUAAAUCCUCUCAGCACUCUAUUCACUAUCCGAACCCCUCCCAGCCGCGAAUAUUUCCCGUGAGCCAGUGCGGGCGCUUCCCAUGAUGCUCUGCUUCUGGACGGGCGGAGGAUCCGGACAUGGAGUUCAGGGAAGAGAGAAUCCGGCAGCAGCUCGGGAAGUAUAAAUUCAGAGAUCUUACCAUCGAGGAACUGAAAGAACUGAACAGAACCUUCCCCAACUUCAUCUUCUCAAUGGGCACCUACACGUUUAAAGAUGGCUCCCAGAAGGACCUGCUAAACCUCACAGGGACUGUUCCUAUGAAACACCAGGGCACAACAUAUAACAUUCCAAUCUGCCUGUGGAUUCUGGACUCCCACCCAUUUGCACCCCCACUCUGUUUCCUGAAACCAUCUCAGAAUAUGGGGGUUCGGGUUGGGCGACACAUUGAUGCACAGGGAAGGAUGUAUCUACCUUAUCUGCAGAGCUGGAGCCAUCCCAAGUCCACAGUCUGUGGCCUCAUACGGGAAAUGGCGGUUAAGUUUGAGGAGGAGCUGCCAUUGUACUCAGUGUCGGCUGAAGAUGGCACCAGGCAGAGGGAGUUACUGUCCUACAUCUCCCAGGUGACUGAUGGAGUUUCCAGUAUGGAAGUAAAGGGGCCAAGUCAUGCCAAGGUGACAGUGAUUGGGGGAGGAGAUAUGGCACUGGCCUGCUUAUUGGCUGUAUCUGCAAAGGGCACCGCAGGGAAACUGGUUCUUCUUGACCCGACAGAUGGUGAACCUGCAGGAGGGGCAACUGCUGACCUGGAAAUCUUUAGUCUUCCAAAUGUACAAGUCACCAAAGAUUUCUCUGCGAUUGCCGGCUCUGCCAUAGUGAUUGUCACGGUCAAUGCCUGGAGCAAUUCCCAGUCCUAUGUUGGCGUCUUACAGAGCAACGUAGAGCUUCUGCGUAGGAUUGUACCCACCGUGGUGCAUCACUGCCCCAAGUGCCUGCUACUCGUGGCCUCACAGCCAGUGGAAAUAAUGACGUAUGUUACAUGGAAAUUAAGUGGGUUCCCUCACACCAGAGUGCUUGGCAUUGGCUGUAACUUGGAUUCUGGGCGGUUCCAUCAUGUGAUUGAGAAGUUGGUGAAUUCUGAGGAAGGGGCACAGGACGCCUGGAUUAUUGGGGAGCAGAGUGAGAACAAAGUUGCUGUCUGGGGGGAUCCAGAUUCAUCUGCAAAAAAUCAGAUUUCAGGCAAAUUGUACCCCAAAAUCUUCCAGGAGCAGCUGACAAGCAGAGCUCUGGAGAUGCUUAAAGGGAAGGGACAGCGCUCAUGGUCUGUCGGCCUCUCUGUGGCGGAUAUUACCCACACUCUUAUACUGAAUAAUGGCAAAGUACACUCUGUCUCUACACUCUCUAAGGGACUAUUUGGGGUGCAGGAGGAGGUGUUUCUGAGCAUCCCGUGUGUACUGGGGAGUGUUGGGGUGAUGGGGACAGUGCAGACUCUUCAGGAAGACGUUCAGAUUUGGGAAACCUUACAGAGAAGUGCGGCAGCCAUUGAAGCUGUUCAGCAGCAGCUGAGACUGUGAAGUGGUGGGGGGGGUGAUCCUGCUCACAUUGCACUCAUUUUGGGAAAUUGUCAUGGUGGAGCUGUUCCCUUUAUUCUCCAAUCAGAUUUGUUGCCUUUAUUUUUAUACAGAGAAUGAUUUAUUUCUAGAGACUCUUCUGUGUGCUGGGAGAGUGACGGUUAUGCGGCUUUAUUCAGCCAAUCACACGGCUGCUCUCUACCCUAUAUCUAUCCUGUAGCUGGACUGGCAAUAUUUCUGCAGUCACAUGAUGUCAUUUUGUGUCACAUGGUUUGCCUGCCUAGGCCUUUAUUUAAUAAAUAGCUGCUGGUGCAUUCUGGGUUACGGGAAGUGGUUGUUAUAGGAAUAAAAGUGUCUGUUAUUGGUUAUUAUGGGAUGUUACCCCUUGUCUGGCUUUGUGCCCAAGGGAAGCCUUUGUCUAUCAGGGGUUGCUGGGAGUUUUAGUAUAAGAUUAUCUGAGGGAUCCCCAUUUUCUUCUUUCUGGCUUUAUAUAAAGGGCCACAUUGGAGUCAGUGGGAGCCAAUGGAAUUUACAACUGGACUCAUUGAGAGCCCCCUCGGAACAGCUCCCAGUUCAGCAAAGUGACCCCAAAACUUCAGCCCCUGCCUCAUGUGACAUGGGAUGGGGCUUUUGUUCUGGAUAUAACGAAGUGUUGGCUUCUCCCUAAAUCUCUUUAUUCCCUCUCUUCUGCCUCCGGGACAUUCUCCCUUUUCAUUGUGUCUCAUGCUCCGUUUGGAUCUUUUUGCCAGUGUUUGGGUUGUGCUGCUGCAAUCAAAUCCAGUGAAUCAUGAAGUGCCAGGGUUUGUGGGCAGGACUGUGUUGGUCUAAAGUCUUGCGUUUGUAUUUUCAGUCUGUCUGUAAGCACAGCAGCAAGGUCUCUCUUUACUGCACUCUACUCCUGCCGCACUCUCAGGUCACACAGGCAGGAGACUCUGUGGAGGAGAUUUGCCCCAAGGUACCCUGGGUUCUGUCAAGGGGGAGCUAAGACUGCUUGGGGGCUGGUUUCUACAGUGGCUGCAGCUUUUGCAGCAAUGCCAUAUUCCGAAGAUUUCAGUAGGAGGAUUUCCCUGCUGCCAUCUCCCAGUGGCACAAUAAAAUUCCAAUUUGUCAGCC